AUGACAUUGAGUUGGAAUAACGAUGGCUGUAGCUUGAAGAUGAGUCCGAGAUGGAUAACAUUGAUCAGCUUGGUGGGUUCUGGAGGCUCAGAUAAGAUAAUAUUGGCUUCUGGAGCUUGAGAAGAGGAUUGAAUGAUCAGAGCUCUUGGUCGUGUUAGCAAUGGUCGUUAACAGAAAAGACGCUCUCCAUGGCAUCACAUUGGAUACGAAAGUCGGCUUUAUUCUGUCCCACUUCGACUGGGAAAACUACUAGUCGUGGCUCGACUACCGUGUGUUGUUUGGCAUGGCGGCGUUCUUGAACGACGUCCACGAAUGCGAUGGUUUUGUUGGAGACUUUGAGUAUUACUUUGGCAAAUACACGGCCAAUUCACAAAUAAAUAUAACUCUUCUAUUGGGCAUGGGUAAUUUUUUCCUGUUGUGUAUGUCAGUUAAUGCUCUAUCGGGUAUGGUUGCGGUUUUCCUAUUGGAGAUGGGUUUUGCUUCUCUGUUGAGUAUGGGUUUCGCGACCCUAUAGAAUAUGGUUUAAAUUUCCUAUUGUGUAUGGCUUAAAUCCAAUAAUUCUGAAGUUUUACUUUUAAGGAGCUAGUUGAAGUUCAGACGGAUCGAAGACGCCGUUGGUUCAAUUGCCGUCAAAUCUUCAGCAAAUUUCUACUGAAGCUAGACGAUUUGUUCGAAGAACAACACAUUUGCGAUGACCUCAAAGUUCACGUAUGUUCUACCAGUGAACUUCAGGGAUUUAUUCGGCUGGAAAGCCGAAUAAAUCCCUGUCGCAAGCAGAUGGCUAAGAGAUGGAUAAUAUUGAUCAGUUUUGAAGAUUCCGAAGUCAAGAAUCUGAAGCCUUGA